AUGAUACUGUACGUUGAUGACUGCUCAUCAUUCAAAGAAUUUACAAAUGUGAUUUUAGGAAAGUUAUAUGGACCAGAACAUGGAUGUGGAAAGGCUAAUAUCAUUAUAGCAGAUCCGAAAUUAUAUGAAAAUUAUUAUAUAGAUGGACCAGAACCUACAACUACGGUCAAUUAUAUUAAUAGCGUUGGAAAUAUUAAUGUUACUUUAAUAGAAUCAAUAUCAGAACUAAUUACUGUUUUGGGUGAACAUUUUCUGGUUAAAGGUGGAGCUGAGCAUCGGGAUUUACCAACCAUAGACAAGGAUACGAAGAUAAUUGGGGUCUACGGAAUAUUUGAGUAUUUCAUAAAAAAAGGUAAUCAAAUAAUGGCACAAAAGUUGCAAGCGAAUGAAGAAAAUGAUCAAACUAUGGAAGGACUGAAUGAUGCAUUUAUGGACUUGAAAGAUUAUUCGGCAAAGACAGUCAAUUUUAUUUGCAGCUUAAUGUACAACUUGAAGUUCUACAGGAAAUACGAAAUUUAUUUGAAUGAGCCGUUUGACGAAAUCGAAGAAACUAAUAAUAAAAGGCCGUAUGUGCCAAUAAUAUGGAAUAAGCAAGUACCCAAUUUGCAGCCGAAAGAAGACAAGACGUGUGAUGUUGCUCAAACGGAUAGUAAUAUUCAACAAGAAAUGAGCCGCAAUGAUAAAGGCCCGGUGAUACUGGGACCUAACGAAAGAUCGGUGGCAUUGGACGAGGCUAACUUUGAAGUUCCAAUACCAGGCAGCCACAAUGUUGGUGAACCUAACGAGUUCACUGACACCGGUUCGAAACAAGUGGAUCUUGUUCCCCUCGGACUAAUCUUAUCAAAAUGGGCCAAAAUUAUAUGA